AUGGCCGAGCAGGAGCCUCACUCGCUGGCCUCGACGUUUCCAAACCCGCCAGACUUUUGGAAGGCCUUUACGCCGGAUCGGAUCGCCAGGAUUGAGGAGCUGCGACGAGCCCAUGCGGCAGACGAGGGGUCGGACGUAGAGGGUGCAGAUGCAGAUGUGCGGAUCGCGAAUCUGCCCGAGGAUCUGAUUGCGCUGCAGCCGCCCCCGGAGCCGGCAGAUGGACGAUGGAGGGUGUUUGGCGACCAGUACAUGCUCGACGACAAGCUGCCUACCCUCGAGGAGCAAGGCAUCGACAACCUGCCCGCGACAUCCUCGGCCGCCGACAAGGACGCCAAGCACUACGACCGCGCCUUUGAGCUCAAGCGCCUGGCCAAGUCGCUGCUGCUCAACUUCCUCGAGCUGACGGGCGUCAUGGCGCGCAGCCCCGCCGACGCAGAGGCCAAGAUCAAGGACCUGCGCACAAUCUUCAUCAACAUGCACCACAUCCUCAACGAGUACCGCCCGCACCAGGCGCGCGAGUCGGCGAUUGAGAUGAUGCAGGACCACUUGGACCGCACGAGGACGGAGACGGCGGCGAUACGCACGCAGGUGGAUAAGGCGCGGAAAGUGCUCGAGGGGCUGGGGAGCUUGGAUUUGUCGCUGUUCAAGGGGCAUGGUUUGGCUGGAGGGGACGAUGGGGAACAAGGGGCGGCGGCGAGGAUGGAUGAGGAAAGGGAAGCUGCUGCGUGGGCGACGGCAGAUGCGUUGAUUCUGUGA